UGGGGCACUUUCAAGUCUUCGUGUAAUGAAAGAGAAGAGCAUGAUUCUUCCAUCAAGCAGCCAGCGUUUGUCUCAUUCUGCAGCAGGUAAUCUAAAACAGAUGUAACAGAAGCUAUACUGGGAAUCGGCAGAUAUGCUAAGCAUAGUGGAAGGCCUUCUCAUUUUUAUAGCAGUUAGUGAAUCAGUACUGGGGGUUUUAGGGAAUGGAUUUAUUGGACUUGUAAACUGUAUGGACUGUGUGAAGAACAAAAAGUUUUCUAUGUUUGGCUUCAUCCUCACCGGCUUAGCUACUUCCAGAAUUUGUCUGAUAUUGAUAGUAAUUGCAGAUGGAUUUAUAAAGAUAUUCUCUCCAGAUAUGUACUCUUCUGGUCACCUAAUUGAUUAUAUUAGCUACUUAUGGAUAAUUAUCAAUCAAUCAAACAUCUGGUUUGCCACCAGCCUCAGCACCUUCUAUUUCCUGAAGAUAGCAAAUUUUUCCCACCACACGUUUCUCUGGUUGAAGGGUAGAAUCAAUUGGGUUCUUCCCCUUCUGAUGGGAUCCUUGUUUAUUUCAUGGCUCUUUACGUUCCCUCAAAUUGUGAAGAUUCUUAGUGACAGUAAAGUGGGGAAUGGAAACGCAACCUGGCAGCUCAACAUGCCGAAGAGUGAGUUCUUUACUAGGCAGAUUUUGGUCAACGUAGGAGUCCUUCUCCUCUUCACGCUAUUCCUGAUUACAUGUUUCCUGUUAAUCAUUUCCCUUUGGAGACACAGCAGGCGGAUGCAAUUGAAUGUCACUGGAUUCCAAGACCCCAGUACAGAAGCGCAUAUGAAAGCCAUGAAAGUUUUGAUAUCUUUUAUCAUCCUCUUUAUCUUGCAUUUUAUAGGCCUGGCCAUAGAAAUAGCAUGCUUCACAAUGCCGGAAAAAAAAUUGCUGUUUAUUUUUGGUAUGACGACCACAGUCUUGUACCCCUGGGGUCACUCAUUUAUCCUCAUUCUCGGAAACAGCAAGCUAAAGCAAGCCUCUCUGAGAGCAUUGCAGCAGGUCAAGUGCCGUUAAGACAGGGCGACUGCUCCCAGCCACACAGACUCGCGUGGGGAGAAAUGGAUGUUCUAGGAGAAUAUUCUAGUGAAGAGGAAGCCCCUGCAGUUCUGUUCCACUUGCACGACAUACUCGCAUCGGUUGUACCUGUGUUAUUGAGCGUCACUAAACUCUCCCAUAAUUAUUUUGACUACGUUGUAGGAAAUUUCACUCUUCACCAUGAAAAUUCAGUGGCUCGGUCAGUUUCCGUGCACUCACGCCUUUCCACACACCUCUCAGAGGAGAAACAGCUUGGAGACU